AUGGUACUUGCUAAUAUUGCCAAUGCUGGAAGGUUACAAGUCCAGGGCACCCAUUUCGUCAAAGAUGGAAACAGAGUCUUUCUGUCAGGAGGAAAUCAGGCAUGGAUCGCCUAUGGUCACGACUUUGGAGACAACAACUAUGAAUAUCGUAAGGUUGAUUUUGAAAAGUAUCUACAAUUGGUUAACGCCAAUGGCGGAAAUUCAAUUCGUGUUUGGAUCCACGUUGAGGGUGUUGUAAGUCCACAUUUCGACAGCAAUGGGUAUGUCACUGGUCUGGACGAAAGAGGAACCUUUAUUGCGGAGUUCAAGGAAUACUUACACAGAGCGCAGCACUACAACAUUUUAAUAUUUCCUUGUUUGUGGAAUGGAGCUAAAAAACAAGAACAUAAACAUUUAGCUGAAUUGAUUCUAGACACAUCGAAACUUCAAUCCUACAUUGACAAAGCUUUAAUUCCAUGGGUUCAAGCUGUAAAGGAUGAACCGGCUUUGGGUGGAUGGGAUAUCAUGAACGAGUUCGAAGGGGAAAUCAUACCAAACACACAUAGUAACGAACCGUGUUUUGACACCACCUUCCUGCUGAAUUCUGGCGCCGGUUGGGCUGGUGCAACUUACUCAGCCCAUGAACUACUCAGGUUUGUUAACUGGCAGUCUGAUGCUAUCAUGAGAACAGAUCCCGGAGCUCUGGUGACGGCUGGUUCCUGGAAUGCCAGAGACAAUACUGAUCGACUCAGUACUCACAAUCUUUACAGCGACAAUUGCCUUCGCAAGGCUGGUGGUAGACAGCGAGGUAUUUUGAACUUUUACUCGUCUCACAGUUAUGCAUGGGGAGGCCAUUACGACGAAUUUGCACCUUUCAGACACAAUUUCUCCGAUUAUGGUUUGACAAAACCCUUUGUGAUUGCGGAGUUUAAUCAAGUUAGUGGUGAGGGCAUGGAUAUCACUGAGCAAUUUCAAUGGGCCUAUGAUAAAGGAUAUUCGGGAGCGUGGACCUGGCAUUUACAUGCCGAUGGAUCCAACACAGAUUCUACAGCCAAUCAACUCAGGGGUAUCAAAUACAUGAAAGAUAAAAAUGACCAAAGCAAGGGCGGGCUUGUCGCUUUCACGGUAUGA